UCCCGUGCGUCUUACACAAACAGCAGCAGCUCGAGAGAGUAAAUAGAGAAAAGAUGGCGGAGUUCAUUCAGCUCAACAAACCCACCGAACCGAAACCAGCGUCCCAGAACCGGGAGCACCAUCACCAUCCUCCACCGGCCAAGAAAAUCCGACAUGAAGAGAAAAUAUUUAAGGCCAAGAAGAUGAACGGAGGCACGGAGCAGCAGAAUUACAGCAGCAAACCGAAAAACAAGAAAACCAAAACAGAGAAAGACAGAGACCGAGAGAAAGAGAGAGAGAGGGAGAAAGAGAAAGAGAAAGGCAAAGAGAGAGAGAAAGAGAGAAAGAAACACAAACUGGCGGCUGAAAAUCACCUCAGUGUGAAGAAGGAAAACGGAGAGCUGAAGUUGUCGCAGAAAGAUCACACCAUCAAAGACAAAGAGAAGCAGAGAGACCGAGACCGUGACAAAAAGAGAGAGAGAGAGAAGGACAGAGAAAAAGAGCAGGAGAAAGAGAUGAAGGAGAAAAGAAAACAUAAGCUGAUGAUGGAGAUGAAGAGAGAGAACGGAGAGGUGAAGAUCCCGCAGAAAGGUGACAAAGAGAAGCCGAAGAUAGACUCUGCUGAGGACUUGCUGAUGAAAAAGGUCAAGAAGAAAAAGAAAAAGAAACACAAAGAAGGUGAAAAGCGGAAACGGCCCAAGAUGUACAGCAAAUCUAUCCAGACGGUCUGUUCCGAACUCCCCAAAUCUGGGUCAGAAUUCAAGCCGCCGCCUCCUGUCCCGCAGGGCGGCGCUCUGACCUCCAUCGGCAGCCUGAAGCAGGAGAACAGCGGCGGCCAGAGCGCGAGCGCCGCGGACGGCGACGGCGAGGCCAGAGCCGCUAAACUGCCCGGGCUGGACCGGCUGGAGUUCGGCUGUCUCGUUCACGUGGAGCACCAGCCCAACGGAGGCGCUCUGGUGGUUCACGCCUACAGUAAGGAGCUCUCUGUCCUGUCUCCCGUGGAGAUGCAGAGGUUCGCGCAGGAGUUCGUGACGCUGGCGUUUUGCGAGGACCAGGAUGGAGCCGCCAACUACGUCAUGGGCGUGAUUCACGGCGCCGCCUCCUACCUCCCAGACUUCCUGGAGUACUUCUCUAGUAAGUUCCCCAACUCGCCCGUCAAAAUGGAGAUCCUGGGGAAGAAGGACAUCGAGACGACUACUAUGGCAAACUUCCACGCUCAGGUGAGGAGGAGUUACUCUCACGGGACGUACCGAGCCGGCGCUAUGAGACAGAUCAGUCUGGUGGGCGCCGUGGACGAGGAGGUGGGCGAUUAUUUUCCAGAGUUCCUCAACAUGCUGGAGAAGUCGCCAUUCCUGGAGCGGACGCUGCCGUGGGGGACGUUUUCCAGUCUGAAGCUGAAGAGCCCAACAGAGAGUGACGACGGGCCCAUCAUGUGGGUUCGGCCUGGAGAGCAGAUGAUCCCGGUUACAGACAUGCCAAAGUCUCCCUUCAAACGGAAACGGUCGACUAAUGAAAUUAAGAAUCUUCAGUAUCUGCCUCGAACCAGUGAGCCGCGCGAGAUGCUGUUUGAGGACCGAACCAGAGCUCACGCUGACCACAUCGGUCAAGGGUUCGAACGUCAGACCACGGCUGCCGUGGGAGUGCUGAAAGCUGUCCGCUGCGGGGAGGGUGCUGAUCCUCCACGCAUAACCAAAGACGUGAUCUGUUUCCACGCGGCUGAUUUCCCUGAUGUGGUGCAGCGGCUGCAGUUGGACCUGUACGAGCCGCCCCUGUCUCAGUGUGUGCAGUGGGUGGAUGAUGCUAAACUCAAUCAGCUGAGGCGAGAGGGCAUCCGCUACGCUCGAAUCCAGCUCUACGAUAACGACAUCUACUUUAUCCCUCGCAACGUAGUUCACCAGUUCAAGAGCGUGUCGGCCGUGUGCAGCCUCGCCUGGCACGUGCGCUUGAAACAGUAUCAUCAGCAGCCCGAGGAAGAGGAGGCUCGUGAGGAAGGUGAGGAGCUGAAGCAGCACGUCAAGCAGGAGUCGACCGGCGAGAACACCAAAGCUGCAAACACGGACUGCAGACCCACGCAAGAGGCGCCGUGCGUAACGCAAAUAAAGAUUGAGCGGGCGGAGCUGCUCGCUGACAGGCCGCCCAAGCCUCCUCCUGGAAGUAACAGCUUGACUCCGCCUCCGGUCUCUUCCUCUGACGGGCGACCCAAAGCGCACCACGUGUCAGAAUGUCCAAGCGCUCCGUCACAGCCCUCCGCCGCCGCGACCAACGCGUCGCGCAACCCGACGGCCGGUCCGCACGCGCCCAAACACACACACGCGUCGGCAGCAACCAAACACGCACACACGUCGACACCGACCAAACACACACACACCUCCGCAUCCAGAUAUCUCCAUCCUUCCUCUGUCUCCAAACCGGGCCACGCGCCCUCGACACCAACUAAACCCAGCCAUUCUGCCAACGCAACCAAACCCACACAACCCGUUAACACAACCAAACCUACGCAACCUACUAACACAACCAAACCAACACAUCCCGUUAACACAACCAAACCAACGCAGCCCACUAAUGCAACCAAACCAACGCAACCCGCUCACACAACCAAACAUGCGCAACCUGCUAACACAACCAAACCAACGCAACCUAUUAACAUAAACAAACCCACACACUCUGCUAACACAGCCAAACACGCACACUCCACACUAAUAACCAAACCCAGCCCCAAACUGAGCUCUGGACUGUCAAUCAGCUGGACUGCUCCGCCCCUGGCCCUGCCCCAGGCCACGCCCCCUCUGAGGCCAGACCGCCCCCCAGACUCUCUGCACCCAAAGGCGGUCAGAGCUCACCCGCAUGAACCACAGAAAGACUUUUUAUACUGAUUUGUACAGAACGGUUUUUAAUCGGCGCGUCAUUUAAUCACGUUUAUUUCUACUGUCUAGCGGUUUUUCCUUCUUUGUAAUCGAUCUGACGAGAGCAGAGAAUCCACGACUUUUGUAAGACAGGCUCGACAUCUGUCUCUCUCUCUCUCUCUCUCUCUGUCUCUCUCUCUCUCUCUCCUGUUACUGGUUGUCAACAUGGCAAAUGUAGCUCGUAACUCGCUCCUCAGUGCCUGUCCGUAACUGUGAAAUAUCCAAGCACUUCGGCUCGGCUGCACUGAGAAAAUUCUUCAAAUCCAAACAGGUCCUUGAAUAAUAUAUUUUCAGUUGUAGGCUUUAGUCGUAUUAGAGCUGACAUGAACAUAUAUAUUUUUUGUAAGAUGACACAGAAUUCUUUUAAAGACUCUACAGGCUUUUCCAUAGAGCUUAUUUAUAUCAAGGGUUUCUUUGGUUCUGUUUGAUUCGUCAGCACUGUAGUGUACAUAACGAUUUUUCUAAAGGAAAUGUGUAGUGUGAUUUAUACUGAAAUCAGAACCUCCUAAUAAAAGGUUCAGUUUGUUGGA